GGAGAGGUGAGUGAAUUGCCUCUGUGUAUUUCACAUGCAGCCCUGUCACAUUACAUCAUUGGUUUCUCCUUGCAAAUUGCCAGCUGCAAGUCACAGCUCACAUAAUUCUGAAAUCCUAAUUAAAUAAUAAUCAGAGAGUCACAAGAGUUGGAAUCACCUUUCAAGAUUUUGAGACACCUUCAGGGAUUUAGAAGUUGAGUGAUGGCCAAUCGUAUAUUCAAAAAAAAUGAAUUCUCAUCAAUGUAUCAGAGAUACAUGCCCCCACCCUCCCAAGAUGUCAUAGAUCUAAUAUUAUCAUAUAUGGAAAAAAAGAAAGCAAAACCCUACGAAGUAGCAGUGGAUGUUGGCUGUGGAACUGGAAGAUAUACUGAGCUACUUGCUUCUCAUUUCCAGAAGGUUCUUGCUUUUGACAGCAGUGAAUCUCAGAUAAAUGAGGCCAAGAGAGUUGGCUCAUCCAAGAAUGUCCAUUAUCAGAUUUCUUCAUGUGAGAACUUACCACUGGAAGAUGAAUCUGUUGAUCUGAUACAUGGAUCUCGAUCAGUACACUUUUUUGAUAUGGAUACAUUUUUCCAAGAAGCUAUUCGUAUUCUGAAGCCCAAUGGUUGCAUUGCUUUUCAUAUCUUUAAUGCAGACCAUAAGAUUGAAUAUGGAAAUUGCUCAGAGACUCUGACAGACUUUUUUAAUCAGGUCUGGUAUGCUUGUUACAAGUACGCUGAUAAAGCCAUGGAUCAUUUGCUUGAUGAUUACGAAAGGGUAUUCAAGGCUUUGCCAUUAAUCGAUAAAGAAUGGAUUACCAAUAUACCACAAACUAUUCCAAUAACCCUGCAAGACCUUAUGGGAUUACUCAAAUCAUUUCACAUGUCUCAUAUUUAUGCUGAGCAAGAUCCAUCUGGAGCCAACGAAUUCCAUAUAAGGAAUGAAAAGAGAUUUCAGGAGAUCCUGGGAGCAGAUUUUGAAAAAGCUGUCAUGAAAUUUCAGAUCAAACAUUGCUGUGUCCUUGCUUGCAAGUCCUCUGAGUAGGCAUCAUUUGAAGAAAAAAAAAGCAUUGGAAAACCUGUAGAUCUACAGAGUGAACGAAAAUGAAUACAAUUUAUUUUAUUAUUUACAAAUAUAUUUACAAAUAAAAAAAACUAAUUUAACUUCUUUUCUUCAAAUGCAUAGCAAUAAUGACUUUAUAUUGAAUUAAGGGCAAUAAAUAUAUACAAUACUGCCAUGCAAAA